CUUAUAAAUUGGCUCAAGUGAAAUUUUUUAUACUGAACUCUGGUAGAGAGUUAUUUAUCUAGUUAUUGUCUUUGUGCUUUUAUCUGUUUAUCUAGUUAUUGUCCUUGUGACUUUGUUUUUAGUCACAUUGAGCAGCUUCCUGCAUGCAGUUCAGGCUUUUGCAUUUAGGACUGAGUUGGGGCAGGGAAGUAUUGUUGAACGCAUGUAUUUGCCUCAUACUUCCUUUCUCAGAUAUAUCCAAGACCACAAACAAAAAAUAUGCAUUGAAAAUUAAGUUACUUAGUAUCAGACUGGUAUCCUUAAUCAAGUAGGGUUUUUUUCUUUCUUUCUUUAAAAAAAAAAAAGACCAAGAAAUUUCAGGUGGAAUUUAGCUUCAUUUUCUUUGCAGGCUGUGAAGUAAGAGAGAUGCAUAAUCAGAGAUUUAAAACCUGGACUUCAGGAUAGUUAAUUUUAAAAAUUCCCAGAGAAAAAGAGUGUCCCCUUUUAUGGCACAGAUUUUGAAAGAGAAGUGGUUCGAAAGUAUUAGAAAGCCUUAGAAAAUGCUGUUCUCACUCUGCAGUCAUAACUGAACCUAAUGAGGAAGAUAAGACAUGUCUGAGGAAAUCUGUCCAUUGCACAGAGUUUUCUGCAUCAGAUUUUAAGGAAGUGCAACCACAAUGAGAAAGAAACCAAUAAUAACCACAGCCUGUGGCUUACAGAUAUAAGAACAGUGUUCCUAAGGUCAGAGAGCCAAGUGGGCUGAGGUUUUACAGAGAGUGCGGAGUUACCAGGGGACGCUUAGUUACGUUUGGGUGAAGAAGAUGAUCGAAGAAAGGUGGUCUUAGAAGCAGUGCAUUGUAGUGAUGCUCAGUCAAGAAAACGUGUCAGCCCCCCCGGCAUCUGUUUUCUUUGACAAAGAUGAUGAUCUUCGGGCCUUUCCCAAUGACAUUCAGUUGGCACUUAAGCGUUUCGAUGUAAUACUUAACAUUUGUUGAAUGAUCAUUAUUACAUGCUGGGCACUAUGCAAGGUGGAAAGGAAGAUCUCAUGAUAUGGACGGAAUGAGAGUUAUGGGAACAAAUAAUUAUAAUACAGUGCAAUAAUGCUUUUAAAUUGUGAAAGAGGCUUAUACAAAAUAGGUGAGAGCAAAGAGGGAAUGAGAAGAAGGUAUGAUUCCACGGAAGGUGCUUGAUGAGUUUUGUGCUGAGUAGGAGUUUGUUCACUGAGAAGUUAGGUGAGAACCAUUCAGGCAUGGGGGACAACCUGUGCUAGAGCAUGGAGGUGUAAGAAAUUACUUGCUCGGAGAGUGACCCCGCCGUCCAGUGUGGCUAGAGGACACCACGCGUGAAAGUCAAAACAGGAAACAAAAGGAGGCCAGAGAAGUCGUCAAACGUUAAAAGUCAGAGAGCACAACGUGUUGGGACCCUAUGUCGAUGGACUUUCCAAACUGGCUGUCACAAGCUACAAGGAUAUUGAGUCUUUGAUGUCUGAGGGUAACAAGUCUCGUACAGUUGCUGCCACCAACAUGAAUGAGGAGAGCAGUCGAUCCCAUGCAGUCUUCAAAAUCACCCUUACACAUACUUUGUAUGAUGUGAAGUCUGGGACAUCUGGAGAGAAAGUGGGCAAACUGAGCUUGGUUGAUUUAGCUGGCAGUGAGCGAGCAACGAAAACUGGAGCUGCUGGCGACAGGUUGAAGGAGGGGAGCAACAUCAACAAGUCCCUCACAACCCUUGGUCUGGUUAUCUCAGCCCUAGCAGAUCAGAGUGCUGGCAAAAACAAGAAUAAAUUUGUUCCAUAUCGUGACUCAGUUCUCACUUGGCUGCUCAAAGACAGUCUUGGGGGUAACAGCAAGACAGCCAUGGUGGCCACCGUCAGUCCAGCAGCCGAUAACUAUGACGAAACCCUCUCAACUCUGCGGUACGCAGAUCGCGCCAAGAACAUCGUGAACCAUGCUGUGGUGAAUGAGGAUCCUAAUGCACGAAUUAUCCGGGAUCUCCGGGAAGAAGUAGAAAAGCUCCGAGAGCAGCUAACCAAAGCAGAGGCAAUGAAAUCUCCAGAACUGAAAGACCGGCUAGAAGAAUCAGAGAAGCUAAUCCAGGAAAUGACUGUGACCUGGGAGGAGAAACUAAGGAAAACCGAGGAGAUUGCACAGGAGCGACAGAAACAGCUUGAGAGUCUUGGAAUAUCUCUUCAGUCUUCUGGGAUUAAAGUUGGGGAUGAUAAAUGCUUCCUUGUUAAUCUGAAUGCUGAUCCUGCUCUGAAUGAACUUCUGGUUUACUAUUUAAAGGAACAUACAUUGAUAGGUUCGGCAAAUUCCCAAGAUAUCCAGCUAUGUGGAAUGGGAAUUCUUCCUGAACAUUGCAUUAUAGACAUCACAGCAGAAGGCCAGGUUAUGCUGACUCCUCAGAAGAACACCAGAACGUUUGUAAAUGGCUCUUCCGUAUCUAGUCCUAUACAACUCCACCAUGGGGACAGGAUAUUAUGGGGAAACAACCACUUCUUCAGACUGAAUUUGCCUAAAAAGAAAAAGAAAGCAGAUCGAGAGGAUGAGGAACACAACACCUCCAUGAAGAAUGAUACCAGCUCUGAGCAGCUGGAUGUAGACGGGGACUCCUCCAGUGAGGUGUCCAGUGAAAUCAACUUUAAUUAUGAAUAUGCGCAGAUGGAGGUUACCAUGAAGGCUCUGGGUAAUAAUGAUCCAAUGCAGUCCAUAUUGAACAGCCUGGAACAACAGCACGAAGAAGAGAAACGGUCUGCGCUGGAGCGCCAGCGGCUUAUGUAUGAGCAUGAAUUGGAGCAGCUACGAAGAAGGCUGUCUCCUGAGAAACAGAACUGUCGUAGUGGGGACAGGUUUUCUUUCCACUCACCCAGUGCUCAACAGCGACUGAGACAGUGGGCCGAAGAGAGAGAAGCAACACUGAAUAACAGCCUGAUGAGGCUGAGGGAACAAAUUGUGAAAGCCAAUCUGUUGGUGAGAGAAGCUAGUUACAUUGCAGAGGAACUGGAUAAAAGAACAGAGUAUAAAGUAACCCUGCAGAUCCCAGCCUCCAGCCUGGAUGCCAACAGGAAGCGAGGCUCUCUUCUUAGUGAACCUGCAAUCCAGGUGAGAAGAAAAGGAAAAGGAAAACAGAUUUGGUCUUUAGAAAAACUGGACAACAGGUUGCUGGAUAUGAGAGACCUUUAUCAGGAGUGGAAGGAGUGUGAAGAAGAUACCCCGCUCAUACGGUCUUACUUCAAGCGUGCUGAUCCAUUCUAUGAUGAGCAGGAAAACCACAGUCUCAUUGGGGUGGCGAAUGUUUUCCUCGAGUCCCUCUUCUAUGAUGUGAAGUUACAGUAUGCUGUUCCAAUUGUCAACCAGAAAGGAGAGGUGGCAGGUCGGCUGCAUGUCGAGGUCAUGCGAAUCAGUGGUGACGUUGGGGAAAGAAUUGCUGGAGGUGAUGACACCACAGAUCUCUCCUGUGAUAAGGAAACCCAGGAGAACAGACUCGUGUGCAUGGUUAAAAUACUCCAAGCCACUGGGUUGCCACAGCAUCUGUCCCACUUUGUGUUCUGCAAAUACAACUUCUGGGACCAACAGGAGCCGGUAAUUGUUGCACCUGAAGUGGAUACCUCCUCCUCUUCUCCUGUCAGCAAGGAGCCUCAGUGCAUGGUUGUCUUUGAUCACUGCAAUGAGUUUUCUGUUAACAUUACCGAAGACUUCAUUGAGCAUCUUUCAGAAGGGGCAUUGGCAAUUGAAGUAUAUGGCCAUAAAAUGAACGAUCCUCGGAAAAACCCAGCCCUGUGGGAUUUGGGGAUUAUCCAAGCAAAAACACGUAGUCUUCGGGACAGAUGGAGUGAAGUUACCAGAAAAGUGGAAUUCUGGGUCCAAAUCUUGGAACAGAAUGAGAAUGGCGAAUACUGCCCUGUAGAAGUAAUUUCUGCAAAGGAUGUGCCAACAGGAGGAAUCUUUCAACUCCGGCAGGGACAGUCCCGGCGAGUCCAAGUGGAGGUGAAGUCUGUGCAGGAAUCUGGGACUUUACCACUGAUGGAAGAAUGUAUAUUGUCUGUUGGCAUUGGAUGUGUAAAAGUUAGAACGCUCAGAUCCCCCAAGACUCAUGAGACCUUUCAUGAGGAGGAGGAGGACAUGGACAGCUACCAGGAUCGGGAUUUAGAGAGACUGCGUAGAAAAUGGCUAAAUGCAUUAACAAAACGCCAGGAGUACUUAGAUCAACAACUGCAGAAGCUUGUCAGUAAACAUGAUAAAACAGAGGAUGAUGCCGACCGUGAAGCUCAACUUCUAGAGAUGAGGCUGACUCUGACCGAGGAGCGGAAUGCAGUCAUGGUCCCCUCCGCUGGCAGCGGCAUUCCAGGGGCCCCGGCAGAAUGGACCCCAGUUCCUGGGAUGGAAACACACAUUCCUGUUAUAUUCCUUGACUUAAAUGCUGAUGAUUUCAGCUCCCAAGAUAAUCUUGAUGACCCAGAAGCUGGUGGAUGGGAUGCUACCCUCACCGGGGAAGAAGAGGAUGAGUUCUUUGAACUACAGAUUGUAAAACAGCACGAUGGAGAGGUGAGAGCAGAAGCCUCUUGGGACUCUGCCGUGCACAGCUGUCCCCAGCUCAGUAAAGGCACACCAGCGGAUGAGCGCGUGUAUCUGAUCGUGCGGGUGACCGUCCAGCUCAGCCAUCCGGCUGACAUGCAGUUGGUGCUUCGGAAACGAAUUUGUGUCCAUGUUCAUGGCCGGCAGGGUUUUGCUCAAAGUCUCCUAAAAAAGAUGUCACAUCGAAGUUCUAUUCCUGGCUGUGGAGUGACUUUUGAAAUUGUCUCCAAUAUUCCAGAGGAUGCACAGGGAGUAGAGGAACGAGAAACAUUAGCAAGAAUGGCAGCUAAUGUUGAAAACACGGCUUCUGCUGACUCAGAGGCUUAUAUAGAAAAAUACCUCAGAAGUGUGCUGGCUGUGGAGAACCUUCUCACUUUAGAUCGUCUCCGCCAGGAAGUUACAGUGAAGGAACAGUUGACGGGAAAGGGGAAGUUGAGUAGGAGGAGCAUUAGCUCUCCCAACGUGAACAGAUUGUCUGGCAGCCGGCAAGAUCUUAUCCCAUCCUACAGUCUAGGCAGCAAUAAGUUUUCAGAGCUCCAGGGACAGGGCCGGUGGGAGAGUCAGCAGGAUGUAUCGCAAACUGCAGGUUCCAGAGGAAUAGCUCCAGUUGCCCCAUCCCUCCCUGACUGUCCCCCAAAUAACCAUUCUCCUGACCCAGGACUUGGUAGCCUAGCGGCCUCCUACUUGAAUCCAGUAAAAUCCUUUGUGCCACAGAUGCCAAAGCUCUUGAAGUCUCUCUUCCCUGUCCGCGAUGAGAAAAGGGGCAAACAGCCUUCUCCCCUUGCGCAUCAGCCCGUGCCCCGAAUCAUGGUGCAGUCUGCCCUCACGGACGCCGGGAUGACCAGAGGGGUGGAGGCUCACCGAGAGAGCGUGGGCAUUAGUGCAGCCCCCUUGGUGACUGUGCACCCGGCCCCCGUGAAGCUGUACGACAGACCGACUAAAGUGCCUGCCCCGCAGGCCGCCGCCACCAGCACCCAGGCCCCGGAGGUGCAGGAAGGGCCGCCCAGCCCCCUGAGCGAGGCCUCCAGCGGCUACUUUUCCCACAGCGUUUCCUCCGCCACGCUGUCUGAUGCGUUCAUCCCUGGCCUCGACGGCGCGGCUGCUGCAGGUGGGCAGACGCCUGGCUCUCCCCCUCCUGCCCUCUGCCAGGCCAGCCCAGAGACGGAGCUCCCGGUUCCAGCGACGGCUCCCGCGGCAGACGGGGGCCUUCCUGCCCACAUGGACAGCCAGAGCAGCCUUCUGUCGCUGCCGGUCCCAGCAGACCAGAAUGCGUGGGGCGACAGCAACGGUGCAUGUGAGGCCAAGAGGGCGGUUUCCUCGGAGAAGGAAGAUACGAGCGCACCCCCAACUCCUCUCCUCACUUGCGCCCCCCAGAAGGAAUCAUGCAGCUGGCAGAGUGGGGGCGAGGUUUCCCCAGCCACUAAGUGGCUCGGAAGGCCCGAGGAGCACGCGAAGCCGGCCGCCGUCUCAGAGGUGGAGGUCUCCAAACCACAGGCGCCUCCUGACCUCCUGUGUCCAUCCCCUGCUCCGGCGUCUCCGUUCAGAAUCCAGAAGGUGCGGACCUCCGAGCUGAAGUCGUUCACUCGCAUGCUGGGUGGAGACCCAAGCUGCCCCUCGGCGGCCGACGAGGACCUGCUGGCCUCGGGGGCGCUGGGUGACGGCGGGGCAGGGACACCGGCCCUGGGAAAGCUGGAAGUUUCCUCCGACUCUGAAGAAGCCAGCGAAGUCCCAGAGUGGCUCAAAGAGGGAGAAUAUGUCACCGUUGGCACCAACAAAAUGGGCAUCGUGAGAUACAUCGGGCCCACCGACUUUCAGGAGGGGACAUGGAUCGGAGUGGAGCUGGACUUGCCUUCAGGUAAGAAUGACGGCUCCAUCGGAGGGAAGCAGUACUUCAAGUGCAACCCCGGCUACGGGCUGCUGGUGAGGCCAGGCCGCGUGCGCAGAGCAACGGGCACAGGCCGGCGGCGCAGCGCAGGGCUCCGGCUGCAGGGCGCCCCCGAACCCCGCAGGAGCAGCACCCUCUCUGGCUCCGCCACCAACCUGGCCUCCCUGACGGCGGCUCUGGCCAAGGCAGAGGGCGCCACAGCGCUGAAGGCUGACAGGAGCCAUAAGAACCCCGAGAACCGAAAAUCCUGGGCCAGCUAAACCAGCGCCAGAUGCCGAGGCGCCCCCGCCCCCGGGUCGCAUCCUCCCGCCUCCCGGGCUGCGGUCCUGCCUCCCUCUGCUUCCCAGUCCAAGGCUGACGGGGCGGCCGGUGCCCCCUUCUGAGCCUUGCCAGCGACGGCCCUGGGGUGGAGUUGGGAACUGAAUGGACAAGGACACCUCAAACCGCUUUCUGUGAGGAGCAUGGCGAGGCGUGUUUCUGCACAACACAGGGCUGCUGACCUCUCCCUGCUCCUGCCGGGACUCUGGAAGCUUCAUUUCUUCCUCUGUGCAGAGAAUGGGGAGGCAUCUCAGCAAGGUAGAGGGAGUCACGGUUCUAGGAGCCCCAAGCAGUCCUGGAUUGUGGGAGCGAGGCCCCUGCCAGCCCCAUGCCUGGGGUUCCCCCCCGCACUGGGGCUGUUGCUGUUCCUUUUUUCUGUUCUGAUGACCCCAUUAACCUCUUAACCAUCCCAGUGCCUUUCUUUCCUGUAGAGGCGGGGCAUCCUCCCUGUGCCUCCAGAGCCAGCACCCCUGCCAACCCACCUGGUCCCAGCUUGCUGCCAGGCUCACUGCAUCCCUCUGGCCCCCAGAGUCCCUACACCAAGGAGCAAGCUCCCGUAAGUGCCUCUGGCUGGCCUCCUGGGGCUUGUGGCACAGGGUCCUGGGCGCCCCAGCAAGGGGCACGGGGCCUGGCCCUCCCUCUUCCUUUCCACAGGGUUUCUUUGGGCUUUCUUUGUGGGUGUGUUAGCGUCUUUAUACCUGCAAAGUGUUUUCUCUUUGCCAUUUAUUCCCUUAACAGAGUGCUUGGAAUAUAUUUAUUUAUAUUUAUUUUUUCAAAGUCGAAAUCAUUUGCGAGCCACAAUCGUGUGCCCAGGCAUGAGUGCCCGGGGCUUGUCUCGCUCAUCGCCCGCCUCUGAGGUCACUCAGGAGCUGCCAGCCUCCUGCCUCAGGUGGAGGUUCCCAGAGGGGCCAGAGGAUGAUACCCCUCCGCAUGUCAUUAUUGACGCAGAUACACAAGUGGCCUUACUCUAAGGUGACAGCGACAACUUGGAGACUUAUUGUGCUUCUGCAGUGAUGAAGUCAGAGGCAUCACAACCUUGGUGCAAUUUCAGUUUCUUGGAAGGACCUUAGGCUAGUUUAACUUCGUGGCAACUCUCUACCCUGACUCCCUGACUGAGCCUGGGGGGCUGUGGCCUAGCAGAGCUCCCCACUGUCCCUGUGACCGGCCCUUGCCGAGCCACAGACACGGCCCGCACAGCACGAGACCCUAAGAGCAUUGCCCGCCUCCUGCCAGGAAACCUCUGGCCCUGGAACCCUUUCCUGUUGGGCUCACUGAGAGGGGGUCUGUGGACGCGGGCAGAGGGCUGGUGGCGCGUGGCCCGGUGGGGGGAACUGCUGGGUGAGCCGCAGAGCGCCAGGGCCCAUGGGGCCCUGCUACUUCCUACACCACUAGCCCAGUGCCCUGGUGCCCAGCACUCAGCCAGCUGCCGUGCGCAUCAUCACAAGUGCCUCGUGGACCCGAGCUGUGAGCAGGAGCCCAGAGGACACGGUGGCUGCUCUGGGACAGAGCCCUGGGUCAGGGUUUGUAUGCAGCACUCUUGCAGGCCUGUUUUUAGUUCUCAUCUUUAGACUCUUACAAAUGAUGUCCAGAAAGCCCUUUUUGAAAGAUCUUGUUCUCUCGGGAUUUGAAGCCCCUCCCGAGAAGUGAUGCCAGGUUCCCUGCCCUUGGCUGGGACUGUGUGGAGCCUGUGGCCGGCUGGGGAAGCAGAGCCCCAUGGGCACCCCCAGGUGUGCAGCCCUGCACGCCGGAUCCCCCAGGGAGGAGCCCGAGAUUAAUUAGCUUCUAUUAAUUACACGUGGCGGUGCUCGCCCGCCGCUUGGGCCCAGCUUCCUAACAGCCAGCUGUGCACCAGGUGGAGCGCUGCCUCCCCCGCCCGGCCCACGGGCCCGAGGUUUAACCUCCGCCUGGGAGGGGGUGAUCCACACUCGGCGCCCCUCGCCGGGCCCACCGCCUUCCCCGGGCCUCGGUCUCCGGGGCCUACACUGCGAGCAGCCCCCCCCCCCGCCCCCACUCCGAGACAGGGCCUGGAGCUGAAGAGCACACCCCUGGCGUAGCUUUAGCAGAUGUUCCUAGUUUCAGAGCUGAAAGGGAUCCUCUCACAGGGAACAGGCGGAAACCAAGGAGAGUUCAGUGCUUCUUUCCAGUUUAUAGAAGCUCCAGCAUCUGACUCCCAGCCAGGCUCUCUCUGCUGUUCCUCCUCACAGCACCGUGGCUGCCCUCCCACCGCCUGGGGCCCCUUCCUCGGGCACAGGGAGCAGCAGCCCCACAGCCCAGAGAACCCGCCAGGGUGCCGUCCUUGACCCCGGAGCGCUCUCGAGGAUCUGCUGCCCCAGCACCGGCGGCAUGUGGCCCAGGUGGCCCUGGCAGGGGCUCUGAGCGCCCAGUGUCCCGUCCUCACCUGCACAGCACCGUAGGCCUGGGAGAUCAGUGUCUCUGUUCCUCGGGUCAUGGGAGCCACGAGCGCACCGGGGCUGGUGGUCUGCCCUCCAGGAGGGCCGGCCAGGGGCUCCUGCUGGGCACCCCAGGUGUAAGGACCCCCCACCAGGGGAGGCAGCCACGACCCCUCCCCCCCCCGCCCCCCGCAUCUGGGGUCUACCUGCUGGGCGUGUGUCCUUGAGUCCCGUGCUUUCGGUUCUGUGCUCUGCUUUUCUGCUUAACGUCCUUCCCAGCAUGGAAGUCCUCUAACAACAUGUGUUCAGUUAGGAUUCGUCUCUGUGGACACCAGCGUCCGUGUGGUCCAUGGAUGUAGGUCCCGGCACUACCCCCUUCCCUGAGGGGAGCAGCUCUUGCUCCCACAGCCUCAGACGACCUGCCUGUGGGCAGACGUAGUGCACCAGGCUCACUGGGGAGAACCAGGGGAAGGUGGUUUGGCUGUUCGUGAUCCUUACUUAUGGGGCAAAGUGCUUGCUGGAGCCUAACUGCCUUACCGUGGUGUCGACAACCUUCCAUGGAACGGUCUCGGGAAGGUCACUUGGGAGACAGGGGUGUCGUUCUCUUCCUGUCACUCGGAUUGGUUAAGAUGGAGUAGACUGUAACGGAAUUAGGGGCUCAAGCAGGGUUUUGGGAGCGGAGCUUGCAGGCACAGUGGAAGAGCCUGGACCGAGUUGAGACCAGCCCCGGCAAGGGAAGAGGUUUCGAGACCACCUCCUCUUUCUCCCAGGCUUGCCGCCUCCCUUCUCCCCGGGCCUGGCCUCGCCCUGUGCCCGAGAUUCCCCACCACUCCUCCCGUUCCCGGCAUUUUUCCCUCCCUGCGCGGCAGCGUGCGCUUGGAGCCCGGCCUUCUCGGGGCCUUGAGCACCUGUCCGGAGGGCUGGGCGGGAAGCUCUGUUGUCGCCCUGGGUGGAAAGGUCGUCAUUCCUCGUGGGAAGAAGGUGCUACGGUGACUGCUUGCCGGGGGUUUUCUGUGAGUGGAGCGCUCUUUGGGCCCCAACCCAUAGCAUGUGAGAGAGGAGAGGGCCUCCCAUCGGUGUUCUUGGGGGGCCGUCCCUGCGGCUGGGUGGUCAGCAGUGACCGGAGAGGCGGGUGUGGUUCUCCUGCCCCAGCUGUGGCCCCACGGGCAGACUGGCAGCCCUGAGGGCUGUGCCGGAUCCUCGAAGGGGCAGAGUCUGUGGGCCUGAGCCUCCUGUCUCCUUGCCCUGCCACCUGCACGUCCCUUCCAGGCCCGCGUGUCGCUGGAUCACCCGCGGUGCAGGUGUCCCUCCAUUGCAGUCUGCUGUCUUCCUGGGCAGCUCGGGGCAGCCCUGCUCCUUCGGGCUCUGAGCGGUGCGAGUUGGAAGGAGGCCCACCCUGCCCUGCUCUGCGGCCUUCACUCUGGCUUCUUGGCGCAGACUCAUGGUAACUCGUUCCUGGGAAAGCAGUGACGAGGUAGACGUGGUCACUAAAGCCGUAGCCCAGGCAGUCCCCACAGCCAGCACUGAUUGGUCCAGAGGUACUGUCUUGUGGGUAGUGUGACGGUGAGGGACGGAGGGUGGCACUCUAUUUCCCGUCUUCUGUUCUCACUUUACUAACAGGCCUGAGGUGAAAUGACGUGUCAGCGCUAGGAUUCAGGAUGUGGUUCCUGCAGGUCCCAGGCUCAGGUGUGGGGAGAUGGGCUGCCUGGACGCAGGUGCAGCAGGGGCCAGGCGGGGGCUGCAGUGGGGGGCAGCUGUCCAGAAUCCCAGCCUGACCAGAGGGCAUGUGUGGCCAGGGCCAGCCAUGAAGGGCCUCAUGUGUUUGCUGAGAUUUGAGCUUCCGUUGAGCUGUGAAUGGGACCCUUGAAGAGUUUGAAAGGCUAUAGGUGUUUCCAUCCCCCAUUACUUCCCUUCCUUUUUCUCCCCUUGGCUUAACGUUCCCUGUAUGUGAGACCCGCCAGAAGUUCAAGGGUAUUUAUUUUCCUGGCUACGAUGAGCCCCACUUGCCUGAGGUCUGCCUGGAGGCCUGCAUCUUGGACAGGGAGUGCCCGAGGAGGCGGCCACCUGUCUGUCGUGCCUUACCAUGGGGACGGCGAGCACAGCCUGUCUUUAGUGCCCAAGACACUGGCUCGAUGAUCUCCACACGUCUCUUUCUCUCAGAGAAGUCCGUCGUGCCUUCAGCCGGGCUGCUGACACUAAUUUUGUGGGGGGUCUUGGAACAUCUCCAUAUGCGGAGUUCUGUAAAUAUGAUGGGUUCACGUAUAAAGAAGUGAUUUUGAUUGGGGACUAUAUUGAUUUGCUGCACAUGAAAUGGGAGUUUAAAAAAAAAUCCAAAGACUCUGUAAUGAACUGUAAAGACUGAAUGAUUUGUAUUAUAUAAUGAACUAAACCUCUGUAAUUUUGUACCAUAUAUGCCUGUCAUAUGACCAGCAGUCUCUAAAUAAAACCAGAUGAUUUCUUGCCUCUGUCU